AUGCUGACGUCGUACCACUGCACCUGUCUGGCUCAACCGGCUCACUCUUUAAGGUCAGGAUGUCCUCUCAUGGCUACAUUCUUGUUGCUAAAGGCGUUGAGACACUCGACGUGGCCCGCCUUCGCCACAACAAUGAGGUAUACGAUCGACUUCGCUCGAUUCAGGGAAGACUUGUUCCCGUCUGCCUGGGACGGACAGAUUAAACCCUGCCGUUGUACUACGACAGUGGCGUGUGCAUGCAUGGCUUGCUUCUCAGUUGGGCAGGAACGCCUUUAUUUGACUCCAACACUCCAGCAACCGAAGCAGACGUUGGCGCACUUACCCAGGUGUACAAGAACUUACAUAGGACAGGUGUUCUUCAUGGCGACGCAAAGCUACGCAACGUUUCACGCAAUCGCAAUACAGCGGAUGGAGGUAUCGUGGUGGUGGACUUCGAACGGGCUGACUUCAGCCACCGCCCACCUCUCGCCUUGCUCCAUUCAAGCCGUCAAAACAAGAAGAGAAAGCGGGGGAUGUUGGGGAAUUUGA